GCGUUUUUUAAACAUGGCGCCUGUGGUGAAGUGCGAGUUCCUGUCAAUGCAGCGUAGUUUAGGAUCUUGAUAUUAGAGAUGGGCGUAGAAAACUUGUCAGGUCAAUAUGUUAGAGCUGUUUAUCCAUUUGAAACCAACCAUCCAAGGGAGAUAAGUCUGUCUAAGGGUGACAUCAUUAGAGUGACCAGCGUGAUAGAUGAUAACUGGUACUGCGGACAGUUAAGGGGGAGGGAGGGGAACUUCCCCUCCAGCUUUGUGGAGGUCCUUAGUUUACCAGCAGUAGAAGAGGGGCAGGUAUUGUUUGGUGCUGUAGAAAACUUCCCUGCUCAGCAAGAUGGUGAUCUGGAAUUUAGAAAAGGUGCUAUUAUCUUGGGAACUCACCAGAUUGAUGCCAACUGGUGGAAAGGUCAGCUGGGGUCCAGCAAGGGGAUUUUUCCAGUCACCCAUGUCAUGGAGCUGGAACUACUGCCCUCCCUAAAAGAACGGAGCCACAGUCUCCACUCGACGGAGCCCCUGUUUGCCCUGGCCCUGUGUGAUUCGGUGGCUCAGCUCGAUGAGGAGCUGGGGUUUAAGACUGGUGAUAUAAUUACUGUGACUGAGAUCCUAGACUCAGAUUGGUAUUAUGGGGAGCUGGGAAGUAAGAAGGGGAUGUUCCUUUCCUCCUGUGUGGAGCUGAUACAGGACACAGCACCAGGGGGAGGGGGGCCAGUCUCUCAUCAGGUCACUAAAAAAUCCAGCUCCUCCAUUCAGAAAUCCUUCUCUUUGGAUCAGUCUUAUUAUAGCAGUGUUAGUGAUGGACAGCCUGUUGGAGGAGAUGUCAGCCAAUCAGAAUCACACGAUGUGCCAAAUAGCCAAUCACAGUUAACUAUACCAGAUCAAAGUGCUGCCUACACCAGCGAGAACUUGAAGAGUCUGGACUCCUCUGUUAGUCCAUAUGCCAUGACCUUGUACAGGUUUGAAGGUCAGUCGGACAAUGAACUUUCUUUUGAUGCCAAUGAGAUUGUGUACCUUGUCCAACAUGUGGACGACCAGUGGAUGGAGGGAGAGAUUGACGGGAGGAUAGGUCUGUUCCCCACAUGUUUUGUGUCCAUUAUUGUCGAUUGUCCUUACGCUUUCUCUGAAAAUGAGGCAAUAAAUAGAACAGAGAUAAAUGCUUCUGAGGAAGAAGGGACAAGGAGUUAUCAUGAAGAACCAUCAGAAAUUGACCAAGAGGUGAAAAAUAAAGAUCUAGAUAUAAAUGAGAAUCAGAAUUUUUCAACAGUGGAGGAAACAUUGAACAAAUCUCAUGGCUGUGUUAAUGGAGUUGAACAAAAUUUGAGCAGGGACCAGUAUGCACUUGUUUUGUUUUCGUUCACUGCAGAAACUGACCAGGACCUUACUGUGACGGAAGGGGACACCGUUAAGAUUUUAGAGUAUCUGAACACCGAAUGGGUGAGGGCAUUAAAUGAGAAUUCUGGGAAAUCGGGAUUAGUUCCCACGGUUUUCCUUGACAUUAUUGAUGAUAGUCCAUUACAGUCUCCUGCUCCAGAUUACAGAAAUCAUGAAGUUAAAGGUGGAAGUAGUGAAAUUGUUAGUGAUAAAGAGGAACUGAGUGUUGAAACCCAAUUUCAUGUUACACCAUCUAGUGAUAAAGUGAAAAAAACGAUAGAUGACAAAAUAUCAUCUGUUCCAGUCAUAAAACCAAGUUUAUCGAUAAGUGAUCAUACCACAGAACAUAGAGAACACAAUGUAGCUCCUGAAACAUCUCAACAAAACAUACAUAAAAGUAAUAUUAAAGAGAAAAGUGGGAGCCAAAGCAUAAAUUUUACAUUGGAGCAAAAGCCAGUAUUACCAGUUAAACCUCAGCUGAACCCUAAACCUGUAACAAAACCCAAACCAAGCCUAUCGCCCAAACCCAAUCUACCAAACAAAACGAGAUUACAUCCCGUAAAAGAAACCGAAGACAGCGAGGCGUCACUUCUCAAGUCUUCAUCUGCCCAAGUUCUUCACAGCCCUGAUGAAUCUAGCAGCACAUUGCAAAAAUCUCUGUCCACAAAUGAAUUGUCUAGUUCAGUAUCAGAUACCAAAACUGAAAACAGGAGAGCUACAUUUUCUUUUGGUGAUGUAGAUACAUCAAAAUCAUUAAAUGACUUAAUAUCAAGUGAAUUAACCAAAGCAAAAAAUGAUGUGAAACCUGAUGAUGCCAAAGAGAAAAUGGGCAAUAAGCCAGCUCACCCAGGCAAGCCAAUACUAAAAAGAGAUCAAGCCAGUAACAAAUCCUCUAGUUCUUCAAAUUUAAUUAAAACAGAUCCAAAGAGACACUCUGUAAAUUUUCCAAUUCAAGACACGGCACAUCAAAAAAUAAUUUCCAAUGAUGACUUCCAUGGUACAUUUUCAACAGGAAAUUCAGUCUUCUUUGUGGACCCAGUUCCAUCCAAAAAAAGUUACCCCUCCAUGAGAAAACCUCCUCCCAUUCCACAAAGGUCAUUUGAGCAGUUUGAUCGUUCACCCUCCCUCAAAAAAGACCCCCCACCCCGCCCUACCGGCCCCCGACUGGCCUCUGCACCUCCGACUGUUCCUUUAAUUCCCGUAAAAGUGACCGAUACUAAUCAUGUGAAACAGAAUGGUCAGACACCCAGGACAAGGCCAUCCAGACCCGCCCCUUCCUGUCCCGUUCCCUCUCGACCCGCACCAACCCGACCCAUGCCAACCCGCCCUGCGCCAACAAGACCACAGCCAUCAUCCACAGGACCAGCUCAGCCGGGACCUGGGGAGGGACUUAUUGAUCUGGAGGAUACAUUUAAAGCUGAGGCUCAUUCUGUGGCUGUGGCUGACCUCAGAAAAAAGAUCAAAGACCUAGAAAUGGACGUUGACAACUGUGAGAAAUCCAGGACUGAGCUAGAAAGAACACUACAAGGAAGUGAAGAUAAUGAAGAAAUAAAAGAAAACAUUGAGUUUUACACAGACAACAUUAGUGGUCUUAAUGCUGAGUUGAGCGAACUCAGGAAGAACCUGGUGGUGCUGUGCCCUGAGGAGGGGGAUUUGGAGGCUCAGAGAGAGGCAGAGAGGAGGAGGCAGGAGGAGGAGGAGAGACAGCGAGAGGAGGAGAAGAAGAGGACCGAGGAGAUGAAGGAGAAGAGGAGAGAGAAGAGGGGGAAGGUGAUAGAGGAACUGAUCCAGACAGAGAAGGACUUCCAGCACAGUCUGGGUCUCUGUAUAGAGACCUUCCUGUCUCCCGGGGCAGAAAAGCAUCCUGAGGUGGAUCUGACCGUGUUGAUGGGGAACAUUGAGGACGUAGCAGACAUAUCACAGAGAUUACUGAGUGCCCUGGAGGGGGCCGUACAGGGGAAGGACUUCGAGGAACAAGUCAUAGGUGUAUGUUUUGUGGUGCUAUCAGAAGACAUGAAAACUGCCUUUGCUCCAUACUGCCGUAACCAUGAUGAAGUCAUCACACUGCUUGAAAAGUAUGAGGAGAGUGAGUCCAUCAUGGUGUACAUCAAUAAGAUGCUGGACAAACUCCGACAGAAGACUGUGGUGUUUGAUCUCGGGGCUCUCCUCAUUAAGCCAGUCCAGAGGAUCCUCAAAUACCCACUGCUGCUCAACGAACUCUUCAAGGCAACAGAGGAUGAUCACCCAGACAAAAAAGAAAUUCUGACAGCCAUCAAUGCCAUGACAGAUGUAGCAUCAGCCAUCAAUGAAUACAAACGCAGAAAGGAUCUAGUGUUCAAAUAUAAGAAAGUUUCAGAUGAGACUUUUGGAGACAAACUUGCCAAAUUGAGCUUCCAUACAAUAAAGAAAAAAGGCAGCAGGUUCAAAGGUCGAAUUAGUACCAAUCUGGGACUUCUGCUGAUCAAGGAUGAGGACUUUGAUAGAGAGGAGGCAAAGUUCAGACAAAUGGAGAAAAUGGUGAAAGUCUUUAUAAGAAACACACAGAUAUACAUGGACCAUUUACAGGAGUCAGUGUCUUGCCAUGAGUGUGUGGUGGCCGACCUGGCCGAUUUUUAUGAUGAUCGACAGAGUAACGCAGAAAUGGAGAAAUACCAGGAGGCCCAGGAAAAUCUGGAUAGGAAGCAUCUACCCACAUUUCAAGAGACAGUUCGUGACCUGGUUACCUCCCCUUUGAACAGACUGACAUCCCUGUUUGAGGCCCCAAACAAAGUGAUACAGAAGAGGUUUGAUAAACUGCUGGACUACGACUCCAUGCAGAGGAAAGUCACUGAUGGAAGGAUGCCAGAGAAGGCCCUUCAGCCUGUUAAGAGUGAUUAUGAUGGACUGAAUGCCCAGCUUCUAGAUGAGCUUCCUAAGCUGUAUAGCUUGUCUCUCCAUCUCCUACAGGACUGUAUCGCAGCGUUUGUACAAGCUCAGAGAGAGUACAUCAACCAGCGAUCUCUACAGCUGUCUGAUACCCUCGACCUUCCAUCUCUUCUCUCUUCCACUGAUAACUUGAUGGAAAACUUCAAUAUCAGGCACGUAGCAGUGGUCGACAAGAUGUCCUGUCUUAGUUUUAUACCCAAAGGAUUCAACCCUAAAGUGGACGCACUGAAACAGCCAGACAAAAAAGGGAAAAGGCCGUCCCUAGUUGAAGAGACAGUCAGUUCCCAGGCUCAGAGUCAGAAAGUGUACCUUCAGCAAAAGUUCCCAGCAGAGAAACUGUACAGGGUGUUACAGAAUUACACUGCCAGUGAUCUGAUGGACUUGUCCCUCAAUGUGGGGGAUCUGGUGGGGGUGGUCCAGGAAAAGGACCCCAUGGGGAACAAGGACAGGUGGUUUGUCGACAGUGGAGCUUCUAAAGGGUUUAUACCCUCACGACUCCUUCAAUCGUAUCAGUCCUCAGAUGUCACGGUCUGUGAAGAAACCAAUCAGAUUUAUCCUAACAUCCCUGUACCAACAUCACCCCUCUCACCCACUGUGAUUGGUCAAAGACAGCGUUUGACCUCCACUGGAAGUCAAGGGUCAACAAGUUCAUCUGCAGUUGAUGGUCUGAUACAAAGUUCCACCUCAUUAGACAGUGGUCAGGUGUCGACUCAGAGGUCAUCAACAAGGUCAUCUACACUGAUCAGUCAGAAGAGCCUAAGCAAUGAGUUAGAUGAGUUAUUAGAUGAAGACAUGACACCUGAUCUACCUUCAGUAGAAGAUUCUGUCAAACAUGAAUGUGAAGAGUUUUUCUAUGCUGAGUAUGCCUUCCAGUCCCGGGCAGCCAACGAAGUGAGUUUGUUUGAAGGACAGGUUGUGACUGUGUACGUCAAACACGAUGAGCAGGGUAACAGUGAGUGGUGGUAUGUAGAUGCUGAUGGGGUCAAAGGAACUGGAAAAAUCUUUAAAAAUCUUCUUCUCAAGAAUGACAAAGCCAUAAUUCAUCAUAUUUAUAUGGAAGCAUGCUCAGGUAGUGUAGAUUCAAAAAUUUACCCAGUUGACCUGUUUAAGAAGAAUGUCAACGGGUCGGAGUUGGUCAUUGAAGAACAUGGCCUAAGUCUCAAGGAGUCCUACAAGAUGGUGGACCAUCGCCUGCUGGAGAGGGCACUCCACAGAACCUGUAAUCUCCACUCCGGAGACUGGAACAUGAAUGUGGUCAGGAAAAGUCUGUACUUCCUGAGUCAUUCAGCCAUCACUUCUGGUUAGCUCUAUAACAUCAGAGUGGCAUACCAGGCCUUUGAACAGUUUGACAUGAAGGGACUUUUGAUUGACCAAGAGAUCCUACUCAGUAGUAUCAAGAUGUGUGGACGAUCCAUUGCUCCUAUGAAGUUAAUGCACAGAUUAAAACAUAUGAAGGUUCAUUUUGAAGACAAAACUCGCAUCCAGUUAUCUGAGUACCUUGAGCUUAUCUUGUGGUGUGGGACAUACAAGGACUAUAAGCCCGAGGAGGACACAGCACCACAGGGGAAGGACAAAGAUCUAUAUAAGCUGGCUGACUUUGAGCAGCUCCUUUCACACUAUGAUGCCCGUCUUGCCAAGAAACUAAAUGAUGAAUACCUCAAAGAGGAAUGGGACUUUGGACAGGAAAACCUGGGAAGUAAGAAGAUGUUUAAGGAGCCUCCCAUUAUCUGUGCUCAGGACAGAAUGGACAUGGCUAGAAAGCAAAGAAAACUGUACAAACAUCUGAAAAAAGAGAUUGGAAACUCGCAGAACAUGGUGUACCGAGUGAAAGCUGGUUUUGUAAGGGAUCGCCCCCUGACAGCACCAGAUUUAUCCAUGUACCAGAGGAGCCAAAAAAUAAAAGAAAAACCGGAGAUGACAACCAAGUCAGCAUAUGACAAGAUAACUCAUCGGAUUAACAGUGCCAGAUCUCGGGCCGGCGGUGAGGACAGCCCCCUGUGUGACACUUCAGAUCGUCCCCAGUACGUCCGACCCCCAGAGAAAACAGUCACACCCAUUGUCUCUGAGGAGGAAAUUCUGGAGACUCAACUCAAGAAAGACAACCUGGUGUUUGAUAUAGAAACUGUGGAAAAAAGACAUAGACUUCAAAUGGAACAGACACUGGAUUUCUACAUCCCUGGCAUCAUGGAGAAAAUAGCUAAGAAAGAAGCUGAGGAGUGUCAGGUGGUUGUGGAGGAUAAACCCAGCAGUCCUCGGAGGAAAACACCCAGUGAGGAGACCAUCAACCACUUAGCUUACCCAGAAUCCCACAGUAAUCAGUGUCACUCAAAGGCUUGUGAUGCAAGGUAUCGUGGAUGGCAUGAGGUGCAAACCAAGAAAGGAGGACAUUUUAUUCUAACUUCCCCAACAUUUGAGAAUUCUUACCAAGGCAGGCUUCAGAAAAAAUUACACUUGAGGACAAAAGUGCAAGCCAAGAAAGUCACCUCUGAAUUUGCUUAUCGAUACACCAAAUCAAGUGAAGUUAAAAAGAGAGCUCAGAUUACGGCCAGCCGACCUAACACUGCCCCUGCUGUCAUGCAGAAUCCAGUUGAAGAAGAAGAGGAACAAGAGGAAAUCUCUGAAGAGAAGGACCUCUAUCACACAGAAUCCAUACAUACUGUUGACACAGGGUACGAAUCUUGUGAUGACAAAAGUCUUCCCAGUUCCAAGGCUAGUCUGACUCCUUCACAAGCUUGGGGUAGUGAAGUUGACAGUAUUGUUUCUAAGAGUCCUAUCGAACCCCACCAUCCACCUGAGGCUGAAAGUGAAGAAAUGUCUGUCACCUCCAGGAGCACUGAAGAUUAUGACAUGAUUCAGCUAAAACCACAUGAUAGAGACCAGUCUUCACCUACCAGAAAGGUCCAUUUAGAUACAAGUGAGAGAGCUAGCAGUGUCCCAUUAGAUAGUGCUAAAAUUGUAAUAGUGCCAAAGAAAGAGAAAAUUUCAAUAGACUCUGCACCCAUUCCACAAAUGCAGCAUUCAAAGCCAAAAGUGGUGGCUGUAGGAGGAAUAGGCAAGAUAUCCCUGCUGGAGAGUAUUUCUGAACUUAAACAGUGGGAGGAAGAGACGGAAGAAAGAAAAGACUUAGAUUCCACCAGACCAGAGAGCAUGCCCAAUCCCAGUCUCCAGGAGGAUCCAGGACACAAAAAACUGGUGGAGGGUGAGGAGAAAAGCCUGGAAGAUAACCUCAAUCUGCUAAGUCGCAGGUUGAGUGCUGAUGGGGGAAAAGACAGUAAGAGAAACUCGAGAGCAAGCAAUGAGAUGCCAGCCAUGUCUAUAGAAGAAAAGAUCGAAAGGGAAAAACAAGCCAGAAUAAAGAAACAGAAGAGACUACAAGGCUCAAACCUGGAGAAAAUGGGAGUGACUGUAUUUUCCAGGAAAACUAGUCUGAAAUCUGAUUCCACACAACAUACCACAUCCACUUCUUCUGUGGAAUCCUCAGACCCCCAGAACAGCCAAUCAAAUCUCAACCCAGAUGUACAAAGGAAAAAUCAAUCCAAAGGUGGAGACAACAUUGACUCUCCAACUCCUAGAAGUCAUAGACCUAGCUUUGGAUGUAGAAACCAUUCCGUAACAGCCAAUACAUUCGCCAAAGAAAAGAGCACCAGACCUUGUUCAAAUUCAUCAAAUCCUACCGAAAAAGAUAAAAACAAUAAAAACUCUAGUCUGCAACAGAUUUACAAGAAAUCUGUACGUAACAAUGUUACAACCACAACAGACUUUGAGAAAGAAAACAUCAAUGUAAAAGAUUCCAAGAUCAGCACCGGACAUCAUGACAAGAGAGCGUCAGUUAGCAGGGGACAGAACUGUGGCAAGGGAAAGUAUGAUAGAUUGCUCAAGAGACUAGAGGGUAGUAUAUCAGAGGUGUUUGCUAAUAAGCUGGCUGCAGCUCGUCCAAAAGUCAAGUAGAGCUCUUGCUGCAUCAGUACUCAAAAAAAGUCAAGUAAAGCCCUUACAUUGGUACUAAAAGGGUUUAUCGAAUACCGGUAAGCUAGUAACAGCUCCUUGUGCCUAUGCACUCAGAGGGAUCAACCAAUGAGCUGGUACCUGCUCAUCCAAAAGUCAUCUACUAGAAGCAGAAGGUCAAACGGUUAAGUCAUAGUGCACCAGUACUAAAUCGUAGUGCAUCAGUAUUCAUGGAGAUCAUAACUUAGUGCUUGUUUGUAUACAUAACUGUCACAUAAUUUAUGAAUUCUUGGAGUUCAAACCUGUUUUGUAUCUGAUAUUCAUGUUUCAAAGACUUAAUUUUUCCUUGUGUUCUUCAAUCCAUGCACAGGUGCAGAGUUUUCUUAAUGUGACUGAAAUUCCCAGAUUUUAUUGUUACAAAUUUAUGUAUUUUUCAUGUGAUUUUAAAAUUAUUCAUUUUUUUUUUAUUGUAUCAAAGCAUACAAUGUGCAGUGAUAUAAAGGAAAAUGAAAUCUUUUAUUGAAAAAAAUUAAGUCAACUCUUAAUGGUAGCUAUCAUGUUUUUUAACAUUUUUUUUAGAUAAUCAUAGCUACAUCAAAUGUAAGAUUUAUUGCAUUAUUUGGAAUAUAUAUUUUCCUUAAUAUUGAUGAGAAAUAAUUUCUGCAUGAAAUCAAGAGAAAAGAAGCUAGUGUUUUUGUGUCUUUUGUACUGAAAGUUGUUGCUCAAAUAACUAAAUUGUCUUGUGAUAUUUCUAUGUGGUGCUAAUUAAAACUCUAAAUGAUU